AUGGUGCCAGGCGCUGCACAGAUGCCCGUCACCAACAGGUGCCCCUUGUGCCAGGUGGACAACGUGGCCCGGGAAGAGGACGACGCGCUGACCCAGACCCAGACCCCCAGCCAGGUGCAGCGCAACUUGGAGAGAGUCGGGGCUCAAGUGGAUCAGAAGCUGAGUAAAUUGAUGCAAUUCCAGCUGGUCAAGGAUUAGAAGAAAAUCCCCAUCAGACUGGCAAGUGUUCUGAAGAAUCCCAUCAAAGACUGCAAAGAGGUCUACUCCGAGAUCACUAACCUAGCCAGCAGGACCCUCGGGCAGGUGUUUGGGCUGCAACUGGUGGAGAUAGACAACAAGCAUCACAUCUACAUCCUGGUGAGCAACCUGCCGCGCCUGGAUGGGGAGAACCUGAAACAGGACCAUCGCACGGCCAAGCUGGACUUCCUCAUCGUCCUCAGCUUCAUCUUCAUGAAGGGCAAUGGUGCUAAGGAGUGUAAGCCCCGCCCUUCCCUGUGGGCCCCGCCUCCUGACGGACAGGCUCUCUCUGCCCUUUCAGCUGAUGUGUGCAGGUUGAACCCAGAGCCGGGAAACAGACACGAGGUCUUUGGGGAUGUCAGGGAGUUGGUGACUGUGGAAUUUGUCCAGCAAAAGUACCUGGAGUACAGCCCCAUGCCCAGCACGGACCUGGCCAAGUUCGAGCCCCAAUGGGGGCUGCGGGCCACCAAGGAGACCUCCAAGAUGCAGAUCCUACACUUGGUUGCCAAGAUCCAGAGCAAGGACCCCACUGCCUGGACCGCGGCAGCUGCAGAGGCCCUGUCCUGCAACACUAGUGCCCCUGGAGCCGCUGGUGGGGCCAGCCAGGGGGCACGCAGGAGGAAGCAGUCAGCCUCGGCCACUUCACCCAUCCACCCCACAGCGCCUUGUGAACCAGCGGCCCCGGGAGCAGGGGCCUCUGCCCACGCUGAGCCCAGCGCCCAAGGAUCCCCUGGGACACUGCCUUUGCCCUCCUGA